AUGGCUAGAGAGAGCAAUGCUCCGGUCGAGGGUAUAACCCCGCGGAAGAUAAACGAGCAGUCUCAGAGCUCCGCCUCCCAACAUCCGGAGUUUGGCAGACCCUCGCCGAUGGGACAACCUCAGCGUCAACAACCACCCCAACGCCAACAACAGCCCCAGCCUCGCCCGGCCAACUCCAACCAUCCCUUUAAUAUUCCAAAGCCCAAUCAUUCAAGGCCUGAGCAUCACCGCCCCGUCCCUCGCCCCGUAUCCUCCUUUGCUACCCAACAACACGGACCAUCACACUACCGACCACAAGGUGCGCCAACCCCAGGCGCAGGCAUGGCAACACCCUCCGCAAAACGACCAUUCGACCCAUUUAAGCCAGUCAGGCCCUCGGCAUACAAUGAUCACCGCCCCUCGUAUCAAACGGGCGCGACUCCGAUCAAACGCCCCGAGCACAUCAAUUACACAACACCGGCUGCCCCGCGCCCAAUCUUCCAGUCUAAAGCAGGCCCCCCGAAAGCUUCAAAUGCAUCGAAGAAUCUUCAGGCUUUUAUAGACUUGACCGAAGAUGAACCCCACCAGACUUACAGAGACUCCCAGAGCACUGGCCAUGGGCCUAGCUUUGGCGCCAUGGACGUCAACGGUUACGUUGAUACCGAGAAGGCGAAUGAAAACAUCAAGGCUCUCCUGGAAGGUGCAUUUGAGGACGACGAGGAGGAGAAGCCUGUAAAGUCCAAAUCAAAGAAAAAUGGCAAGAAGAAGCUGUCAAAGAAGGCCAAGGCUGCGGAGAAGGUCAAGUCUACCGAACCUACUAAGGCGGAGAAAAAGGACGCAAGUGAUGACCUUGACGACUUGGCAGCCCAACUCGAAGGUGUUACUGUCAAUGACCCCAAGGCAGCCGAGCCGAGGCCCGGGGAGCUUGAUACCAAGGCGCCUGGUACCUCGGAAGGAGCAUCGGGCUCGGAGGCCGCGGAGAAGGACGAUGUAGUCAAUCCCGAGGAUGAGGAUGAGGAAGAUGAUGCAGAGGUUGAGAAUGAUGAAGAUAAUGAAGACGAAGACGAAGAUGAAGAAGAGGAGGAGGACGACGACGAUGCAAUCAUCCCAGGCUUGAAAGUCAACCUUCUCCCUCAUCAAAUUGAGGGCGUCAAAUGGAUGUGCAACAAAGAAACGGGCCAACGCACCACCAAGGGGAUUUAUCCUAAAGGUGGAAUCCUCGCCGACGACAUGGGCUUAGGAAAGACUGUCCAAGCCAUCGCCCUAAUGCUCCAAAACAACAAGUCUGAAUACGAACACGGCGAUAAAUUCGAUUCAUCUGCGGCCAAGAAAGACGAUUAUGCACCAUCGUCAGCCAAACUCAGCAAGACCACACUCGUUGUGGCACCGUUGGCGCUGAUCAAACAAUGGGAAGGAGAGAUUCUUGAUAAAAUUGAGAAAACACACAGACUUCGUGUCUGUGUGUAUCACGGAACAAACCGUGCGAAGACGGCCACUUCGCUGGGUGAUUACGAUGUCGUAAUUACGACCUACGGAACUCUCACGUCGGAGUCUGGAACAGCUGCCGCAGACAAGGCCAAGAAAUCGGGAAUCUUCUCUGUCUAUUGGUAUCGCAUCAUUCUCGAUGAGGCCCACACUAUCAAGAACCGGAACGCGAAAGCAACCCAGGCAGCCUAUUCUCUGGACGCCAAGUUCCGCUGGUGCCUGACGGGAACUCCUAUGCAGAACAACCUUGAUGAGCUGCAAAGUCUGAUCAGAUUCCUCCGGAUCAAGCCAUACGACGAACUGGCUGCCUGGCGAGACCAGAUUAGUCGUCCUCUCAACAACGGCCGUGGCGGUCUCGCCAUCCAACGCCUACAAGUAUACUUGAAGGCUUUUAUGAAACGUCGCACCAAGGACGUCCUGAAGAACAACGACAAUUUCAAGGCUGGCGCAGGCGAGAAGCAGAAAAAGUCGAAUGGCUUCCAUAUCGUCAAGCGUGAAGUCAUCAGGCUUGACUAUGCUGGGGCGUUGGUCCUGCUCUUGCGUCUUCGUCAAGCUUGCAACCACCCGGAUCUGGUUAAGAGUGACUUGGCUGCGGAUAAGGACGUUCUUUUGCAGAAUGGCAACAAUGGCAGUCAGUCGAAAGAGACAAAAUCCAACGAAUUGGAUGACGUUGCCGAUCUUUUCGGUGCUUUGAGUGUCGUCACGAAGAAAUGCGAUGUUUGCCAGACCGAACUCAGCCAGGAGGAAGGAAAGAGUGGCGCAAGCCGCUGCAGCGAGUGCGAGGGCAACCUGAAUACCGAUUUCAUGACCAAGCCCAAGAAAGACAAGUCAAAGAAGAAGAAGGCUCACCGACACCACAAGGAAGCCGCCCCGGAAGCCGACUCCCAAGCAGCGCGAUCCCGCAAGAACCGACGUGUCAUUCUGGAUAGUGAUGACGAGGAGGGGGAGGAGGAGGCUGAGUGGAUUGUCCCAGAAGACAAGCGCGAUAUGCCAAACCUCGGGAAGGCUGGAGGCUCUGAAGAUGAAAAUGCUGAAGGCGGGGGAGACUGGCUGGGCGUAUCUGACUCAGAUACAGAAGACGAGAUUGAUUCCCCUUCACGCAAGAAGAGCCAGCCUAUCAUUUUGAGUGACUCUGAAGAUGGUACAGCAUCCGAAUCCGAAUCCGAAUCCGACGAGGAUAUCUAUGAAACCCCCAUAGCAGCUGACGACGUGCUGCCUUCAACCAAGAUUCGCCACUUGAUGAAGAUUCUCAAUAAAGAGUCGGCGGACUACAAGUUCAUCGUGUUCUCGGUCUUCACGUCCAUGCUCGACAAGGUUGAGCCUUUCUUGAAGCGGUCUAAUAUCGGUUUCGCUCGUUACGAUGGUGGAAUGAGGAACGAUCACCGCGAGGCGAGUCUGAACAAGCUUCGCAAUAACAGCGGUACCCGUGUGCUUCUCUGCAGUUUGCGGGCUGGUGCCCUUGGUCUCAAUUUGACCGCAGCCAGCCGCGUCGUGAUUAUGGAGCCGUUCUGGAAUCCUUUCGUGGAAGAACAAGCUAUCGAUCGUGUUCACCGACUCAACCAGACAGUUGAUGUCAAGAUCUAUAGAAUGAUCAUUAAGAACAGUGUCGAGGAGCGAAUCGUCGAUCUCCAAAACCGAAAGCGUGAACUCGCUAAUAUGACCAUCGAGGGCAAGUCUGCCGCAGGCAAGCUGACCAUGCGCGACAUGAUGGCCUUGUUUGGUCGCGAUGCGGAGUCUCGUUUCGAGGACAAGCAGAACACUUUGGACUUUAAGAAGCCGAGCGUUCUCCGAGGACCUGACGAAGACAAAGAUUAUGCGCCUUCUUCACAGAAUUCAGCCCGUUCUGAUUCCCGAGAUCAGGCGCGGCGGCAACAGUCGAAUCGUUCCAGCCCAGAGGACUCGGUUUAUGGUCGGCGUUGGUAG